UGAAUGUGUGUAACGUGUGUAAUUUACCGCCGGACAAGCCUCUUGCCUUACUUACUUAUUCCAACCAAUUCCAACUUAUUCCGAUGUCAGGCAUACAUAUGUCAAAAUGGCUGAGCUAAUCGCGGUACCGUUGAAGAAACCAUCCGACGUAGAUGUCAUUAAACCAUUAACGAAUGUCAUUAAAUCAACGUACAGUGGCGCGAGUAAUCAGAAGGAUUAUACGGAGGCAAUUACAGAUUUUAGUAAAUUAAGAAACAAUGCCUUGUGGCGAGCUUUCGAGAAGUAUGAAAGCUCAUUGGAGGUUAUAUACAGUUACUAUGAUCAGCUGUGUGCAUUGGAGGGCAAGAUUCCUGCUCAUGAAUUGCAGAUUCCAUUCAAAUGGAAAGAUGCAUUUGAUCGUACCAUAUUUGGUGGAAAGCUUAGUUUAACUAUUAGUACAUUAGCAUAUGAGAAAGUAUGUGUACUAUUCAAUAUUGCUGCUUUGCAAAGUUCUGUGGCAGCAACACAAUCCUUGGACAGUGAUGAAGGACUGAAAUUGGCUGCAAAGUUGUUUCAGCAAUCUGCUGGUAUCUUUAAUUACCUUAAAGGAAAUGUUAUGAUGGCCAUUCACCAAGAACCAACACCUGACAUCAGUCCAGAAACAUUAGGUGCAUUGUCUUCAUUGAUGCUUGCUCAAGCUCAGGAAAUAUUUGUACAUAAAGCAAUUCACGACGCCAUGAAAGAUGGAAUUGUAGCUAAAUUAGCUGCUCAAGCAGAGGAACUGUAUGCAGAUGCACUGAAGUUGUUCCAGAAAGAGAUUUUCAGAGCAUUUUGGGAUAAAGAGUGGGUUCCUUUGAUAGCAGGAAAACAAGCUGGAUACCGUGCAAUGUCCGGAUUUUACCAAUCAUUAGUUUGUAAAAGUAACAAAGUAAUUGGAGAAGAAAUUGCUAGAUUGGAGCACGCCGUAGAAUUAUUCAGAGCAGCACAACAGCGUUCUAAUAAGCCUAACUUGUUUCAAGAAUAUGCCAAUAGAGCUCAAAGGAAUCUUACAGAAGCGAAGAAAGAUAACGACUUCAUUUAUCAUGAGAGGAUACCAGACGUGAAAUCUUUGGAACCUGUGGGCAAAGCGAAUGUUGCAAAGUUGUUGCCAUUACCUGAAACUUUUUGCACGAAUUUCAAAGAUCUCUUCGCCGAUCUGUUGCCUGUCAGCAUUCACCAAGCGUUGUCGUCUUAUGAUGUUCGUCGUAAUGAGUUAGUUAAUGCAGAAAUUUCGAAACUACGCGAGAUGACACAAGUAUUGAAUAGCGUUCUGGCGAGUUUGAACUUACCAGCUGCUAUCGAGGAUACAAGUGGUACUGAAUUACCUCAGUCUUUGUUGGACAAAGCUCAGUACGUGAAAGAGACAGGUGGGAUUAGAGCUUUAGAACAUGCUAUGAAAGAAUUGCCGGACCUUCUGCAAAGAAACAAAGAGCUUUUGGACGAGUCUGAAAGAAUGCUUCAAGAAGAACGCCAAUCCGACGAUCAGUUGAGAGAACAAUUCAAGGAACGCUGGACCAGAAUACCUAGUAGCCGUUUGACAGAACAGUUUACCGUCACUUUACGAAAGUACCGUGAAAUUAUCAAUAAUGCUGUUACGGCUGAUAAGAUUGUACGUAAAAACUACGAGACCCAUAAGGAAGGCAUGGAAAUUUUGAGUUUAGACGUCGGUGAUUUGAUCAACGCUGUGCCAACUGGUUCAGCUGUUCAAGAAAGCCAUACCGUGACACAACUUCGAAAACUAAUGGAAGAUGUGGAAACAUUAAAAACAGAACGUGACGUUAUAGAAAGUGAACUGAAGUCCGCAACCGCAGACAUGAAAGCAACAUUCCUGUCGGCACUCGCUAAAGACGGUGCUAUCGAUGAGCCAAACUUAUCUGUAGAAAGUAUAGGACAAACGUAUGGACCUCUGCAAAAGCAAGUGAGGGACAGUGUUGCGCGGCAGGAGCGAUUGAUUGCUGAAAUUCAAAGGUGUCACGCAGAGUUUACAAACGAACAAUCUGGCAGUGGUAGUUCAAGAGAAGCAAUGCUUUGCAAACUGGCAGCUGCUCAUGAUGCACUUAAGGAAUUAAAAAGCAACUUGAACGAAGGUGCUAAAUUUUACAAUGAUUUAACACAGCUAUUGGUGGUCUUCCAAAAUAAAAUAUCGGAUUUCUGUUUCGCCCGAAAAACCGAGAAAGAGGAACUGUUGAAAGAUUUGACGACAAAUCUGAGUCAUAGCGGUCCAGUCACAACCCCUACCAUUCCGGUUCAUCACGGUGGAAUAUCUGGACAAAAUCAGCCUGGAUCAGAACAAAGUGAAUCGUCUCAGUUGCCGUAUCCUACAAAUUUUCAAGGAGGCAUGCCUGUGCCAUACGGUGCUGGACCCAGCACACCGUAUCCUACGUAUAUGCCUCCUCCAAUGCCUGCAGCGUAUAAUCCAUAUGCAACGAUGCCUUAUCCUACGCAAGUUUCAGGAAACUACAACCCGUAUCAAGGUAUGCCACCAGCACCUUAUGGCGGGUACGCAACUCUGCCACGUUAUGGCGGAAACCAUCCUCCUUCCCAGGGACAGAAUCCGUUUUGAAAAAUAAAUUAUAUUCUACAUGUACUGCGAUUACAAAUAUAGCCACGUGAAUUUACGAAAUUGUCUGGGGAAAGCUUACACGCAGUAAUGUUGCAGAAAUUAACGCGAGAUAUGUUUCAAUGACAAUGCACUCUGUCCAAUAUCGAACAAUAAAGAAGGUAACGUUGAAGAUCGAUCUGGACAUCAGAUAUUCCCUGAUUGUUAUUGUGUUUCACAACAAUUGCAUUUUGAUGCUGAUGAUGUAUCGAUGUGUGAUAUAUAUUAAGCUUGAAAUUAUGCUUCACGGGAAAAGUCGAAGAUUCGAAACGCAUAAACCUCCUACCAUUUAUAAAUAUAUAUUUUAUUAACAUUGUA